AUGUGGAUAUUCAUUACUGUAUUACUUGUUGCUACCUUAGCAGAAGUUAAUACGGCGAACGAUGACGAGAAGGCAUCAGUUAAGGAGGAAGAAUCAAGUGAAGAAAAUUCAGAAGAGGAGCAAUACGAUGAUGAUCAUCAAAAAUUUGAAAUGAAUGAGGAGGAUAGUUUAUCAAAGAGAUCAGAAAAUCAGUCCCAUCCGCCAGGUUAG